ACGAGACGCCGUGUUUUCAUAAUUUAUUUAUUAUAGUUUCAAAAUAAUUAAUCCGACAAAAUGUCUUUGUCGGAUCUAAAGCAUUCAUUACGGAAAUAUGAAUUCCCUCAAUGUGCGAAGGAAGCUCUUUUAAGAAUAGAGCAACUGCUGGCCGGUCGAGCGGCCCCCAGCAGCAAGCAAGUAGACGUAGCUAUGGAAAUAAUUUCCGAGUUCAUAUUCUGCGAGUCUACGCGUCGCGGGGAGCGGAGGGGUUUGAACCCUCUUCAAGAGCUACAGCUUAUUGAUGUGAUCUGCGAGUACUUAUCGAGCUGUACGAAUGAGACGACAAAGAACACAAUAUUCUUGUCCCUGUUUGGAGGUGGUGAUACUCAGAAGAGACUGAAAAUAUUAAGUAUACUUGCUAGUAUGGCUGUGUCCGCUUCCAGCACACCAGUACUACUAGCAGUAGGUGUGUGGCUACAACAAAUGGGCUGUUCAUCCCCACCAUCCCUGCAACUAGUAGAAAACAUCAUAAGAGACCACUUUUACUUGAACACAUUUAACCAAACAGCUCUCAAGAGUUUAGCCUCCAGUGCCCCUCAAUUUGUAGCCAAUUUCAUCACAGCCGUCACAGAAUUGUACAUGCAAGAGGUGAAUGGUGUGAGGAAACUCCCGCCUAAGAACUUACUGGAAGUGAUCACGUCUUGGGUGUACUCCAAUCCAACCCUAUGCCUGUCCGCACAGAAUAACCCUCCGCAGCUGCCGCCCGGCUCCAUCCCAAUGGCGGCCGUGACACCUCUAGCUGGACUCGUGCAUUGGUGUACACUAGCACCACUCUAUAUAGACUCUGACUCUGAAAUAGUCGAGGUGUCACCGCCGAAAAAGAUCAAGUUAGAGGGAGAAAACCUGUCACUGAUCAAACCCGUACCUGCUAAAGUGUUGACGGAGUCUGAGCUUUAUAUAAAGUUACAUUUAGGAGUGCUCCACAGCCUGCGCGGGCGGCGCGGGGCGACGGGCGCGGUGCACGCGGCGGCGCUGGCGGCGGCCGCGCCCGCGCUGCAGGCGCACCAGGCCGGCGUGGCGCGCCCACAGAGCGACGCCAAGCUACAGGACUGCCUAGACCGCCUAGGCCAAGCCGUGCAAGUAGCGCUUUCAUCCGGCUGCGUGUAUGGCAACAUCAAUCACCUGCUGGCAACCCUGGAUUCCCUGCCCGAGAACAGGUUGCUGCGAAUUGUGGUGCAAGCGCAUCGCUCGCUUUGCUGACAGGACCAGGCCAUUGAGAUUGAUUAGAUGGUGGCUACUAA